AUGUCGCCCGUCCACGAACUCAAGAUCCGUCAACAGCCCAAGAAUGCGCGCGUAGCUAUUGGCAAAGAAAAAGACAGAAAGCCCAUCGACCCCCCUCCCAUCGUCCAGCUCGAUAUUCACCCUAUGCGCCAUCAAAUACACAACCCUUAUCUGAUCCUCGUCUGCAAGCUUGUCGCUCCAGAAAGUACCGAGAACGACGAUGCCAACCACCAGCAGCCCGAGCCCAAGGACAACGACCUAAUCGGCUCCCUUUGCUCGUCUCCCUACGUCCUCAAGGACACCAACAAUGCCCAAGGCCUGUUUUUCAUUUUCCAGGAUGUCUCUGUACGCCGUGAAGGCACCUAUCGCCUCGAGUUCAACCUCUUUGAGCUCAAGCCUCUAACCAGGGAGUGCAUCGCCUUAGCCAGGACCACCUCCGACAAGUUCGUUGUGUUUCCUCAUCGGUACUUCCCCGGAAUGGCCGAAAGCACCUUCUUGACAAGGUCCUUCAGUGAUCAGGGCGUGCGCAUCCGACUACGCAAGGACAGCCGAAGUGUCAGCACGCGCAAGAGGGGUGCUAACGCACUAGGAGUCGGGGCAGGCAGCGGUGAUGUCGUAGGACGUCUGCGGACCGGCUCGACGAUAGGUCUAGGCGGACAACAAUACUCGCCCAUCACCAUCUCCCACCACUCCCAGUCCCACGGUAGCGGCGGAAGUCACGAUGAGCUCUCCUCAACGAGCACCAGCCCCAUCAACCGCAUCAACACCACCCUAGCCAGCCACCACCCCCACGACCUCAUCCCCGGCAUUGGCCACUUGGACCGCAGCCAACACCACCGCGGCUCUUUAGCCUCACAAACGUCUUCAAGCCUCCUCGACUCCCCCUCCAACACCACCAUGCUCAACUCCCCCACUGUCACAGGCGUAGGCGGUUUUGGCACCUCCACAGCCACCACCCUCGGCGGCGGCGGUAACUACUCUUUCGCCGGCGUCGCCGCCGCGCAUCAGUACUCCUACCCCGGCACAGCCCUCAGUCUAACCACCGGCACCACCGCCGAUGAUCGUUACUACGAUUACAACAGGGCUGGCAAGAGGCCUAGGUUGUUGCAUGGUACCGGAGUGGAUGAUCUGCUGGAUCAUUCAUAUGGGAGAGAUCCUUACGGACGGGACCCCUACGAUCACCAUCACCGCGUGGUCGGCGGCAGCGUGACGCUCCCGCCCCAUACGCAGGCGUAUGCAACGAUGGAUGCUACGCACGGGUAUGGCCAUGGACGACAUCAUGAUUAUUAUGGGGUGACGGCUGCGGGGCCUUACUUUGGGUCGGCAAUGUGA